UUACACGUUCAAGGUUGCAGUAUCGAGGAUCUCGGUUUGUUGGACUGUCCAACGGAAGCACACAUAGCUGCAGCGAAGCAGCGGCUUCUCGACUUGCGGAUGGUGCAACUGAAGGAAGAAAAUUUUGUUUUGUCGCGUUUGGCACUGUCACCUCCUACGACAGUAGAGCUGACAGCGGACGGCGAGAUUGCGGCAACGCUGAGUUCCAGUAUUUCCGCCGAAGGUGUGCGGAUGAUUUUGGAAGCGCGCGAAAUCGGCCAUUUGCAGGCCGCGAUGAAACUUGCCGUGUUGUUGUCCCUUGACGACGACGUGUACGCACGGAAGAAGAAAAAAGACGCGAACGGCGCUCAAGAAGGUACUGAGGAGCCUGCAAAUAGGAGCGAGUGAUUUACGUACACUCAUUUUACAACGAUGCGAUAGCGAUAUUCGUAUCUUUUUAGUGUUUCGAAUGCACGGUGCGUGGACUGUUUCGCUUUUGACGGUUGUCCAACUACUUCAUUGACUAAUCUAUCUUCCGUUUCACACCAAUCAGGUCAAGAUGAUGAAGGAGUGAGGCAUAACGCUCUCGGUGACCAUUUGGCCACGUUGGGCGACGUCGAAACUUUUGAAAGAGAAAGACAACGCCAGAGGAAGGACAAGAAUAGCAAGCAGCUGCGGAAUUGGUGUAAGCGCAAGAAGCUCAUCUACUACGUCGUCGAAAGGGUUCUUCAAAGCGUCGAGCAGUGCCACAGCGAGUUAAAGAAGCGGAAAAUGAUCGGGCAGCAACAUCCUGAUGCUCUGCCGAAUUCCCGGAUAUUCUCGAAGAACGAAAGUCUUCUGCGAGCAGCAAUCUGUGGCUAUUUUGAUCAAAUCGUCGAGUGCGUGAACCCUGGGUCCACCAAGCUCAGUUUCGUGCGGAUAUCUGAAAUAAAAAAGUCCAAGAGCACAGAGUUUGAAACUGCAACGCAGCCUGGCAAAGAAGCCCGCGACAGGCCGACGCUAAUUCUCGACAAAGAGUCAUGUCUGUUUGAGGUGUUGCAGGAGCGCGACGAAGCGGAGGAAAGCGAGAGCGAUGAGGAGAAUACGACGGGCGCUUUAGCUGCGGGCAACAGCGACAUGGAAGCCGAACCUCCGUGCUCGCACCACCUCGCCUUUCUGUUUUUCAGCCAAUUGCUGUCGAUCCAGACCAAAAGGGGCGGAGUCUUGACCAUAAUGCGCGGUGCGAGUUUGAUCCAAGGAACAUGGAUCGAGCAGCACGCACCACAGCAAUGGAUGGCGCGGCUUGACUUCGAUCCGAAGAAAUCAAGCGUGUGCCGCGAAACUAUCCGCUUCGUCGGACGCACUGUUUUAGCACAGCUGAAGGACAAGCUGCCAAACCGCGACACUUACCCUGGGCUCAUGGAUACGAAGGUCUUCUGGAACAGCGCAAUGGUGCGGAUGCUCGGUACACAGGAAGCGACUUCGACUGCGAAGGAAGACCUGCGAAUGCGAAUACGGGAGAUUCGCGACAAGCUCACGCAGGACGAACAAACUUUUCCCACGAUUGAGGUCUACAGCAAGGGAUACAAGCUGAAGUUUAAUCAUGGCCUCGUCCUGGCAGACCUGCAAAGCAUCGGGAAAACGCGUAGUGCCCACGACUCCGGCGCAAGCGAUCCUGUGAUAAUGUGCGCCGGCAUCACUCUCCCAUGUCAUGCUUUGAAGUUUUCGCCUGCAGCUGCUGUGUCAUCAAAGCGCGGAGGCAACGCCGACGGAGACUAUUCUCGGCACGACGGAUGCUGCUUCGCCGACAUGGAGUUUCUCAAGGAUCAUUAUCGCUUCCGCCUUUCGCAAGAUGGUCGUGAACUAACACUAUUUCUCAAUGCCGGUCUGAGAAGUGAUGUGUUUGAAGCGCGGAUACGUAAAAAUGCUCUGCCGCAGGGUAUCACCAUGGUGACCGAGACGUCCCUCCCGAAACUUACCUUUCGUCACUGUAAGGAUUCUGCGGAAGACUCGGAUGCACACACCGAAUACAACACCGACGUUAGCGCGUCUAGUUUGCCAGUCGCAACUUCUAGCGGCGGUGGCGGUUUUGGAAAAAGUAAGACAGGUAAAAAAAAGGGAAAAGGUAAAGGUGAAGGAAAGAAAUCUUCCAAGCCCGUGAAGCUCAAAAGCCCUCCUAACAGUGCGGGAAGAAAAGGAAAGGGAAAAAUGAAAGAGUCCGGUGUGGUUGCGUUUCACGCGCUCGAGAACUUCAAAUCGACACUGGAAUUAAGUGGUGCUCUCGAGCCGUACCGCGUUGAUGUCUUGCAAGUAUUGAUGAAGGUGUAUAACCAGGGAGGCUCGUUGGCGGACCGCAGCGUAAGCGUGAGCGAGGAGUUGCAGGCGAUACAAUCGGAGUUGCGGCAAAGUUACCUGUUCUGGCACACUUUCGUCACGGAAUCGCUGGCGCGCAUGGGAGUGGUACAAACAUCACUUGCGCUCCGUCUGCAUGCGGAGCAAAAAAAGAAAGACCACUGGGAUAUUUUCGUACGACUGAGGUCGUCCACCCCACCGGUGUUUGAGGUCUUCGGAGAGAAAGCGGACCACGCCAAGACCGUGCUCUUCGACGCGUUGCGCAACCUCCUUCGCCCUAGCUCCGUGGCAACGGCAUACUACAGACCGACACUGCUGAAGAAUGCGAAGUUGCAUGUCGCGCGACUGUGUGCAGUGGUGCAGGAGGUCCGCUGUUUGUAUCCGCGGGUGAGGAUUUUUAUCCGGCUGGAAAGUGCAACAUGUCGUGCCCGACGCGGAGUCGGAGGCGUCGACACAAGCGAUGGCGAAUGCGACAUGGGGCCUAGCGAAAUAAAAUCCGCUGCAUGUAGUCUCGACACGAUCACGAAGGAGCAGUCGGAGGUGCUAGACAACGACUCGUCUUCAAGUAGCGACUGUUCAUCGGACGAGGCUCCAAGUCUGGACACCGCGCGCGCCGCCAGUUCUGCGUUUGUUCCAUUUCGAUGUGAACUAGAGCGCCUUCUUGCUCUUUCAUCGGAUUGCUCGUCUACCGGGGCGGGUGCCCUAACCGUUGUACUUCAGGAAGUAUCUCCCUGCUUGGGACGCACAAAGCAGACUGCCGCAACCGCUAGUGACCUCGAAACUCAAGAAGUGCGCAAAGCUUGCGCACUCGUACGAAACAGAUUUCGACUUUCAGGUUCAGCCCCAGCGCUCGCAACUGCAGAUACUCUCCAUCAAGAAUCACGACCACUAGAGGAGGGGGAGCCGGACCCAAAACAGGGACACAGUAGAAGGCGGUGUGUCAUGUGUGGGCGUUGCACGACCCGCAGUGAGCGCAAAGAUAGAGGACGCAAGUUUGAAGCUCUUCGUGCGUCGGAGAAUAAGCAGGAUCCACGUAACAAGCCCUGCGACGCACUGGUAGAGCCCCAAGGCUACGAGCUGACUUUGUGCGGAUGCAAAUAUUGCAAACCAUGUUUUUUACAAUGCGUAAUGCUGUCUAUCAUCGAAACCGGAAUAGCAAAAUGCAGACGGUGCGAAACGGACAUUCUAGCGAAGGACUGUCGAAACAUAAUCUGUCAGCGCGGAGGAGAGUUGCAGCAGGAAUUGGACUGGCAGCUCGUUUGCGAUCUGGCUGUUUCCGAGCACUUAACAAGGGAUGCUGAAGACAGCCGCGAGAAUGUUAUUGCUUUUUCCCGAGCAGCUAAGGAAGACGCAUCAAUGGGCAGAUUGUCAGGCCAAUCAGUCACUGUGACCGACAACGUGACGUGCCCGGAGUGCAACACGACAAGUGCGUAUCUUGCUGGGCCUGCGCAACGGGCGGGGCUUCGAUUCGUUCGAUGCAGGAACGAAGCUGCUUGUGGCAGUGUAAUUUGCACUCUCUGUAAUCGUGUCGUGCGCAACAAAAACGACGUUCAGCGAUGCAGUGGCGGGUUCUGUUCCGGUGACACACAGGAUUGAGUAGUUCGUCAAAUUUUCGGCAACGGUAAAGACCGGAAAUGAUCGUAUAAGCAAGAAAUUUCCACCGCUGAUUCCCAUUCCACCGAUCCGGCGACGGAUCCUCAUUCAGG